UUUGUCUGAUGCCGCACGCCGAAUCGUUCUGUAAUUUUGUAACCUAUUUUUUUAAAGUGGAGCAUAUUUUCUGUUUUAGUUGAUAAUAAAUUAAAACAUACACUUGUUACUAUGUCGCAGCAAGAGAUAUCUUGCGGCUUAGAAUAUACGACAACUGCUGAUUUACAAGCAUGUCUUACAGAGGCGUUACACUGUAAUUACUCUUUUAUUGUUGCACCGAUAGUACACCCACGUUUCAGGCGGCAUUAUGUCGCGGGCGCCGGCUGUGUGGGAGGAUUUACGCGGUCAGACAUGGUUCUGUCACCACAAGAUUGGACAACAAGGAUAGUCGCUAAGCUCUCGCCAUACUUUAACGUGGAUUCACCCUCCCCCAUUGUUCGGCAAAGACAUGAAGACGGUUUAACAGAAGAGCUAUGUUAUUGUCGUGGACUUGGUGUACCUGCUAUAAUGCUAUCAUUACAUGGACGAGAUUCUGAUAAUUUAGCCAGAAUACUACACACCUAUUUUGAGAACAAUUUCCAUCACACUUUAAUAUGGGUUCAUGUGCCUAUGGUGUGUCCAAGGACAUAUAGGGAGACUCCAGAGGGUGGUGACAAUGAAGAUGCAUACAACGACACAUGGCACUGGUGGUCAAGGUUCCAUGAGUUAAUGGACUGGGAUAAGCGGGCGGGUGUGGUGCUAGAGUUGUCAGCAGACUUGCCGUCAGAGGAGAUUGUACAGAGGUGGCUUGGAGAACCCAUUAAAGCAGUUAUUGUUCCUACAUCUAUAUUCCACAACAACAAGAAAGGUUUCCCAGUUUUAUCAAAAGCCCACCAACAUGUAGUAGUGAGCAUGGUGGAGAGAGAUGCUCAGGUGAUUGUGAGCGGCGCACGGAGAUCCAACAUUGAGUUCUACCUGCAGUAUUUGUACCAGUUGUGGCAGCGACGGCGGAGCCCUGCCGAAGACCCCAUGCUGUGUUAUGCUAGAGGAUGGGAAGACUACCUGCAAACACCUCUGCAGCCCCUUGCAGACAAUCUGGACACUCACACAUACAAUGUGUUUGAGAAGGAUCCUAUUAAAUAUGAUCAGUACCAGAAAGCUAUAGUGAAGGCCAUGAAUGACUUGAAAACUAAACAGACAAGUGAGAGUAAUGUAGAUAGUGAUAAAAGAACUACAGAUGCCAUAAUUGAUACAAGCAAUGAGUGUGUAAAGAGUGAUAUAGAUAAAAAACCUUUAACUGUGAUGGUGCUAGGUGCUGGACGUGGUCCCCUUGUGAGAGCUACGUUUAACGCAGCUGAUAUUACUAACACUAAAGUUAAGGUAGUGGUAGUAGAAAAAAACCCGUGCGCGGUGGUGGUACUAGCGGCGCAAGUUCGCGAGGUGUGGCGGGACCGAGACGUGACACUUAUACCGGGCGACAUGCGAAACAUCACACUCACACCCAAGGCAGACAUCAUCAUCUCUGAACUCUUGGGCUCAUGGGGUGACAAUGAGUUGUCUCCUGAAUGCUUAGACGGCGCCGCUGGGUUACUAAAGCCAGGUGGAAUAUCCAUACCUUGCGAAUAUCGUUCCUUUGUCGCGCCUAUUUCUUCGCCGCGCCUGUGGGGGGCUGCUAAGAUGACGUCGACGACAGGAAUCUCGACACAUAAAGACAAGAAUCUCGAGACUUUAUGGGUGGUGUACAUGCAAAAUAAACAUGAGAUUGCUGAACCUGAGCUUGCCUUUACUUUCAAUCAUCCAGCGAAAGGUGCGACUAAUCACGAAGGUCAAGAGUUGACAGACUACAGAGGUCUACCACAAACAGACAACAGAAGAUCUGAAACUAUAUCUUGGCAAGUCAAACAGGACAAUGUAGUCCAUGGAUUUGGUGGUUAUUUUGACUGCACAUUAUAUGCAGAUGAAAUGAUCAGUAUUGUGCCUGCCACGCAUAGUCCAGGAAUGAUUUCUUGGUUUCCAGUUUUCAUUCCUAUCAAGACGCCGCUACGAGUAUCGAAAGGUGAGACGUUAACAGCGACAUUCUGGCGUUGCAAGGACUCACGGCGUGUGUGGUAUGAGUGGGUGUGCCGCGUCGGUGAGCGCACCACACCCAUCCACAACCCUAACGGACGGAGCGCCGAAAUGUUACUAUAAUCAUAUUUAAAAUUAUCCAUGUCACAAUAGAAAACCUAUUUCUUCAUGUGUACAGAAUAUUGUUAAGUUUUUCGUUAUGGAUUCCACACAUAGAGCACAUGAGUUUUGACCCAUUAUGACAUUUAUACCAUUCCUUCACAGAGAAAAAAUAAUAAUUUCACGUAUUUCAACGCGUCUCGCGCGCGUAUCGUCUCGCUUCCGCGUUCUGUGUGCUGAUCCCCUAUGACCACUUCCAAGCCAUGUGAUUGAUUCGAAAUAUAUAAUUAUAAGUACCUA